CACCCCUGUGUUUCCAACUCCACGCCCCGGGCGGGCUCUCGUCUCGGCAACAACUGUGAUUCCUCAGACUUGCGAGCGUUGCCGUCGGCAUCCUUGCUGCGGCCACCGCUGAAGCCGCCGCCCGAUCAGGUGAGGCGAGGCGGCCACCGCUGAAUCCUCCUUCGCCCUCUUCACCUAUUCCGGUUUGCAUCCAACCCCUUGCGCCGUCCGAACUUUUCUUGCCCCCACAGCGUCCGCGCCUGCGCGCUGCCUGUUCGACGCAAUGCCUCCGAGGAAAAGGGGGAGAAAGGACGAGGGAGCGGCUACGGCGGCGCCUCCGGAAGUUGGUCGUGACCACAUCAGCGCCUUACCGGACGACGCCCUCCAGCACAUACUCUCUUCCCUCCCGGCGCAGGACGCCGUGCGGACAUGCGCACUCGCCCGGCGCUGGCGCCACCUCUGGAAGUUCACCAAAGAUCUGCACAUGACCACUCCGGAUUCAAUUGAGGAGAUCCGGGAGUUCGUGGACCAUCUGCUGCUCCUCCGUGCGGGCUUGCCUAUCGACACGUUCGAGCUCGGGGCCGGUGAUGGCUUGUCCGAAGAUGACAUUCCCCUCGUUAACCUCUGGAUCCGGCAUGCGGUGGCGUACAAAGUCCAGGUGCUCCAGCUCGAGAUCUUUGGCAGGUGGACCUGGCUUAAACUGAAGAACCUUCAUCUAGUCUUCGCCUCCCAGCAUUUGACUAGGCUAGAGUUUGCCAACAUAAGGUUCAACGACAGCUUCUUUAACUUCUCAAGCUGUCUUGCAUUGCAAGAUCUACGUAUUAGAAUGUGUGAAUUAAUGCAUGCCAAGAGGAUCUCGUCCUACAUUCAUGCCCCGAAUCUUGCUUCACUGUGGCUCGAUGAAGCUUUUGAAAGGGCUGCUGUGCUUGAGAGAAUGCCGUCCCUAGUAGAGGCAGUUGUUACAAUCCAUGUUUUCUGUUCUAACUCGUGCAGCCGUACUACCUCUGGGAGUUGUGAUGAUUUGGACUGCCAAGGUUGCCAUGACAUAGAAGAAGAUGAUACAUGUGUUCUUCUUCAGGGUUUAUCUAUAGCUAAGAACUUGGCACUUGUAGCUCUGUCCAAUACGUUUAUUUUCAGAAGGGACUUGAAAUGGUGUCCCACGUUUAGCAAUUUGAGGACUUCGCUACUCAAUGAAUAUUGGUGUGUGCCUGCUGAUUUCAGUGCACUAGAAUGCAUUCUUGAACAUUCACCGGUUUUAGAGAAACUCACACUUCAACUGUUUUGCAAGGGGCCUAAAAGUAAAGUUGAAAUAAAAGGAAUCCCCGAUCCAAUUGAGAGAUCAGCUGCAAUAUCUGAACAUCUUCGGAUAGUAGAAGUCAAAUGUGAAGUGGUUGAUGAGACAGUCCUAAAUGUUUUGAAGUUCCUGAACAAAUUUAACAUAAAUAAGCUCCGACUUCACUACUCACACUCUUUAUAUUUCUGCAAUUUGCUUUGACAUGGGAUAGAAAGCAAGAUAUAGUUGAUGAAGAAACCCCUAAGUUCCUUGGGAUAAUAGUGAAUGUUGGACAAAUGUAGAUAGUGAAACUCUUCACAACAUGUGGUGGGUUGAAAUGGAAAACGAAAAAAAAAAUGGAUUUGCAAGUUUAAAUGAACUGCCUUCCAUAAUAUGUUAACCUGUAGUUAAUCGAAGUUUCACUGUAGCUACACUUAAGUACGUAGAAUAUUUGUCCAGCUUUGGAAUAAUUAGAUAUUAUGAGAUUUGGCCAAGUAUCUCAAGUUUGUUUGCCUUUCAGUAGACACUCCUUGUAAUGUAUUAUGCAUUUCAGAUUCGUGCACUACAGGUUUCAAUUUUGAGGAAUAGAAGGUUCGGACUGAAGAUGGAUCUGCUACACUUAAUUAGUACAUUGAGAACCAACGCUCGUGCGAAGAACCAACGCUACCAAUGAUGAUUUUUCUUUAUUGUCAGAGUGAUUCAUUUCAGUUCCACAAAUAGGA